AUGAGCAGCUCACCAAUGACUAACGGCGAGAAGCCGCAUUCCAAGGUCUUGUCGCAUCUCCAAUCCUACCCCGUCGUCCACGACUCAGUCGAAUUCUACAAAACACACCCGUAUGGUGCAAAAUCGCUGUCCCUGGUCCACAACACCUACGCCCGCUUCAUCGCGCCGCUGCACCCAUACCUGCAAACACCGUACUCGUACCUCUCCCCGUACCUAACCCGAGCCGACGAGCUCGGCGACACAGGGCUCUCCAAAGUUGAGGACAAGUUCCCCAUCGUGAAGGAAGACACAUCCAAGCUGAAGGAGACGGUGCAGAGCUAUGCGUUCUUGCCGCUGAAGCUUGCCGGACAGGGGAAGGCCUAUCUGCUCAGUACGUGGAAUGACGAGUACAGCAAGACGAGAGGCGAGAAGGGACUUCUGAAGAGCGCGAAGGCGAUUGUGAGCACUGAGUUGAAGAUCGGACAUGAUGGAUACACGCUGGUGAUGCAGUAUUUGAGCAAGGGGAAGCAGGAGGCGAGCAAGAAGGCUGAUGAGGUCAAGCAGUAG